AUGCCUGAUAUCAAGGACCUCAUCAAAGUGAAUAUCUACUUUGUCAAUAUCCUGUUUGAUAUGAAAUAUAUAUCACAGUCAAAGCACAAAACACCUCAUGGUGCCGAGAGCCCCCCAGAAAUUCAGUGUAACUUUGUAUGUGACCUGUGGGAUUGCGCCGAUGAGAGGCAUUGUGGUUUCCACAAAGAUUCUCCAGUUUGGGGUGUACCCUUUAGCUGUGACUUUGAGCAAGACGACUGUGGUUGGAAAGACACUAGUACCACUUCUUACAAAUGGGUCAGAGAUCGCAGAAGAGGAUCACAGGCCCACGGAGACCACACACUGGGAACUAAAUGGGGUUGGUUCAUGGCAACUGAAGGACACAGAGGGAAAUCUGCAGUCACAGCAACUCUUAGAUCACCUGUACUUCAAAAUGCAGCUGCUACUUGUGAAAUCCACCUCCAUUAUCACAUGUGGGCUCCUGAUUCCCCUUCUGUGAAUGGAAGCCUUUCAUUGGAUCUUGUGGAUGCUACACAGAUAUACAGUUUAUGGGUCAGUCCCCGUAGCAGCGCAUUAGACUGGCGGCAAGCUGUAGUUUACACUGGCAGAAUGCAAGGGCCAUUUCAGCUAAUUAUAUCAUCCACACUGGACUCUUCUACUCAAGCUGACAUCACUAUUGAUGAUCUGGAGUUCAGACAUUGCUCUCUGUCAGCCCCGCAGGCUGAAUGCCACAGUGGGCAGGAGCAGUGCGCACGGGGGUCCUGUGUGGGGAAGGAUGCAUUGUGUGAUGGAACUGAUGACUGCGGAGAUAACUCAGAUGAAAGCAAAUGUGAAGGAUUCAGGUUUUGUGGCCUUGAAACGGAUUUCUGUGACUGGUCUUCUGACUGGGAAAGGGUUAAUAGAUCUGAAACCAGCAAAGAGCAAAUAUCAGGCACUAGAUCUGGGGGUUUCCUUCGUGUAGGUUCCUCUCGUAAAGCCACAAUCAGCAGCCCCAAUUUGCAAGCAGCUAGCAACGAGUCUUGCUAUCUUGUGCUGUACUAUCUGAUGGAUGGAUCCAGUGCUAACCGUCUUGUUGUCAAGUAUCAGAACUCUACAAAAAAUGAGUUCCGUAUUGAAGGACGGAGGGGCCCGGUGUGGGUGAGAGAGAGAGUUCCUGUGCUUUUAUCUGCCGCUGCAGAGAAUUUCCAGAUAACUAUUGUGGGUGAGCUUGGGACAGAGCCGGACGCUGUUAUUGCACUUAAUUAUGUUAUCUUGUCUCCUGAAUGUAAACUGGUGCCAGGACCUGCUAAUGUGACGUUUCACACCCAAUCAUCUGGACUGGAUCACUAUGUUAGCAGUGGGAAAGCAGUCUGCCAGGGCCCAUCAGGAAGGUUUGAUUUUGAAGCAGAUCUAGCAGGAUGGAUGGAUCAGAGUAUAGGGAAACUAAAGUGGGGGAGAGAUAACAGUGCCCUACCAGAUGCAGGUUCUACAGGGUAUUACCUGUCUGUGCAGAGUGCUGGGGGGCAACUGCUGUCCAGAGCUGAAGUGCGCAGUCCCAUUAUCUGCUCCUCUGGACCCACUUGCGCUAUCAAUAUGACCUACUACUUCAACGGUGGCCCUGCAGGUUUCCUCUCUGUACGUAUAGUGGAUCCAGAGCUGGGGACACACACCCACGUCUGGCGUAGCCAAGGCGAGCACAGCGCAUCCUGGAAGUUUGUCACAAUCCCUGUUGGUGAGAGGCCAAGACCAUUCCAGGUGGUCUUGCAUGGAUCCGUAGAUCUGUUGCCUGAAAGGAAAUGGGCAGUUGCAGUGGACGACAUACAGUUUGUAGGAUGUGAGACUAAGAAACCUUCUGUUGACCAAGCCCCUGUGACUUGUAACUUUGAUACAAGUUUCUGUGGCUGGUACCAGGAUCAGACGGAGGAGAUUGACUGGGAACUGGGUACGAUUUCUGAUCACACGACUGGCAAUGGUAAAUUCCUUUAUGUAUCUGGAGAUUCCCGCAUGGAUCGGGGAAUGAGAGCUCGACUUGUUACAUACCCACAAUCCUCUGGGCAAGGGCAGCAGUGCCUUUCACUUUAUUACCGUAUAAGGGGGCCAGACUCAGGUACCCUAAACCUCCUUAUGAAGCCUGAAAGUGAGGAGGAGAAGCUGCUUUGGACAGUCACUGGUACUCAUGGAAACAGGUGGCACCGGGAAGCCAUCACUCUGCAAAAUUCAGCUAAUAAAAUGUACCAGCUGGUGCUUGAUGCUGUGCGUGAUGGUUCCGUGGGACACAUUGCUGUGGAUGACAUCACACUGAGGUCAGGUCCUUGUGACCCUCCAACUCGCUGCUCUUUUGAGGCCGGAUCCUGUAGCUUCUCCUCUAAAGGAACCCACACUUGGAAGCUUCAUCAGAAUAUGCGUGGGAAUAGUGAAGCUGCACCGUUCCAUGAUCAUACACAACAGAGCUUCACAGGACACUACAUGCUGGUUGAUACCAGCGCAGCUGCAAUGCCAAACAAAAAGUCUGCAGUUCUGAUCUCCAGCACUUACAGCGCUUGGCCUGACAAGGGAUGUCUGAGUUUCUGGUACCAGUUGGGAGGCAGCAAUCCCGGGGUCCUAAAUGUAUAUUUUGAAGAGGACUCUGGGAAGAAAAAAACAAAGAGUCAAUUGCUGAGUGUCAGCAAGGCACACGCAAACUCCUGGCACUACAAGAGUGUAACCCUCCAGCCUGGUGCACAGUGGGUGUUGAUGUUCGAAGCGGUUGGAGCUGGAGGAGAUCGAUCUUUUAUUGCUCUGGAUGACAUUCACAUGAGUCACCACCCAUGUCAUGAAGCAGCCUCAUGUGACUUUGAAAUGGGAUCUUGCUCUUGGACCAAUGUCCGGUUUCCUGUAUUGGACACUUAUGACUGGGACUGGACAAGUGGAGCAGCUCUAAUUGGGCAAAGUUCGGCUCCAGAGAAGGAUCAUACCUUGGGUACAUCAGAAGGUCAUUUUGCAUUUGUGGAUACUGGAGCAUUGCACACAGAAGGAAGCUCGGCCUGGUUAAUGAGCGAACAUCUCCCGGCCACCAGUGGCUCUUGCUUCAGUUUUUCCUAUCGCACCGACUCUGCUGAUCAUUUCCAUCUGGCAGAACUGGUGAUGUUUGUGACCAGCACGCAAGGUUUGCUUCCGGUCUGGGUGCUUCAGGGCUUUCACAGCAGUGACUGGCAGGAGCAACAGCUGCAACUUAACAGCACUGUGGAGUUCCAGAUUGUUUUUGAAGCAUCAAAGGGUACUCGGCCACACGCAGCCACUAUAGCACUGGAUGAUCUCAGAUACUCACUGGACACACCAUGCAAUGCAGUGAAGAAGGAGAAAGCAGGUAAAGACAAUACAGGUAAAAUCGUGGUAAUAUUAAUUGUGGUGAUCCUCCUUCUGAUGUGCGUAAUAGCUGUUGUAAUGCUCUAUCGGAAGAGGAAAAGAAACCUGGAAGGUGCCCCACAGAUCUCAAGUCAAGUUGAUGGAAUGGAAGGUUUUGAAAAUAUCGUCUUUGAAGGGGACGGAGCAUCUUCAUCCUAAAUCCUACAAGAACUAUCCCAAUGUGAGUGAUGAAAAUCUUUGCCGUUGCUUGGAAAAUCUCACUUGGAUGUCUAUCAGAUUUAUACCUAGAGGAUCGGUCUUCCGCACAAGGACAUUUAUAAUUUAAUAUUAAUAAUGUACAGAGAGAAAAAAACUGCACAUUCAGCUUUGCAACAUUCUCAGAGUGCUUUGUUUUCAGAUAUUACUGUUGAUAGGUUUUGGAAUGCACAGGAAUUUAUAAGAAAUGUGGGACGAAUCCACAGAUUUUUUUUCUUAAUGUAAAAAAGAAAAAUCAUCCAAACAAUAGAAUAAACACAUAAUAAUAUAUCAC